ACAUAUUAAAAAAAAAUCAAAAUUGUUCUUCAUCUAUGUUAAACAUAUUAAAAAAACAAAAAACCAAAAUUAUUCUUCAUCUGGGUAUCUCGGUUCAGAAACCUUCUCGUUCAUGCCUCAUCGAAUACAUAAAAUCAGUGCCGGCCCUCUCCUCUAAGAUCGGCAACGACUUUGACACCUUGUCCGUCAAAGAAGUUGGAGUUGGCAACCUUAACUUCGUCUUCAUCGUUCUCAAUUCCACAGGUUCUUUUGUCAUCAAGCAGGCUUUGACUUAUAUUCGCUGCAUUGGGGAGUCAUGGCGGAUGACGAAGGAGAGAGCAUAUUUUGAAUACUUGGGGCUGAAAGAAGAGGGUCGCUUGAGCCCUGAGCAUGUUCCUGAAGUUUACCACUUUGACUGUUGAUAAACCACUAUUUUAUGAUUCAUCUUGUGCUCAAUUGAGUGUUUUUAUCAAUUCUUCACCCACUUAUUUAUAAAAUUUGUAUGGUUUUACAAUUCCUUCCUUAUUAUAUGAUAUAUGU